CCCCCAUCCACCUCCACCUCCACCUCCUCCUCGGCUCCGCGCCGCACUAGCCUUGCUUCGGAGAAAAGCUCUUCCGGGGGGAAAAAGCGCUUCUUCUCGGGCGCUCCGGCGAUGGCGUCGAAGGCGAAGAACCCCGAUUACGCCGCGCUCCGCGAGCUCUUUCGCCCCCACAUCGACUCCUUCGACUACUUCCUCGACGAGGGCCUCGAGAAGGCCCUUCUCUCCAUCCGCCCCGCCGAGAUCGCCGAUCCUUCCACGGGCUCCAAGCUUAGAAUAUCUUUCGAGAAGCCACACGUGCUUCCGCCGAUGAGAGAAGGCCGGUUGAGCGAGCCCUUGUUUCCUUUUGAGUGUAGGCAAGCGAGGACGACGUAUAAAGGCGAAUUCAGGGUGGAUGUUGCUUUCCAGUAUGAUGGCGGAGUCGUCGUGAGAGAAAGCUUCAAUUUUGGCCAUUUGCCUAUAAUGUUGAAGUCAAAACUCUGCCACUUGAGAGGUGCUGAUCCUCAGAAACUGGUUUUCCAUAAAGAGGAGGCAACUGAAAUGGGUGGGUACUUUAUUUGUAAUGGUCUGGAGAGACUUGGUCGGCUUCUUAUCAUACAAAAGAGUAACUAUCCAAUGGGCAUGGUGCGGAAAUCAUUUCGUGCUCGAGGAGCUGGAUACAGUGAUAAAGCAGUGGUCAUGAGAUGUGUUCGAGAGGAUCAGUCUUCUGUGUCGCUUAAGUUGUAUUACCUUCAAAAUGGAAGUGCAAGACUUGGAUUCUGGAUUAGAGGGAGGGAAUUCUUGCUUCCUGUGGGGAUUGUUUUAAAGGCUCUUAUUGACACUAGUGACCGUGAAAUCUUUGUGAGCUUGACAUGCUGUUAUAAUGAUAAAUACCAAAGAGAGAAGGGUGUGGUUGGCACUCAACUCAUUGGUGAGAGGGCACAAAUAAUUCUUGAUGAAGUGAGGACAUUGUCGCUCUUGACUCGCUUGCAGUGCUUGAAGCACAUUGGAGAGUACUUCCAGCCUGUCAUGGAUGGUUUUGAAUCGGAAAGUCAUGAAACUGUUGCAGAAGCUGUCCUCAGAGACUAUAUCUUUGUGCAUCUUAGCAACAACCAUGACAAGUUCAAUCUCCUUAUAUUUAUACUGCAGAAACUCUAUGCACUUGUUGAUCAAACUGCUGCUCCUGAUAACCCUGACGCAUUGCAAAAUCAGGAGGUUCUGUUGCCUGGACACCUAGUAACCAUCUAUGUGAAGGAAAAACUUCAAGAUUGGUUGAGCAAGUCAAGACGUCUAAUUCAAGAGGAGAUCACAAAAGAUAAAAGCUUUGAACUUAAAAACUUAAAUCACAUUAAGAAAAUUUUGAAUCGAAAUUCUGGAUCAGUAGGUAGAGCUGUGGAAAGUAUGAUAAAACUUGGAAGAUUGAAUACAGCAUCCGGUCUAGAUUUGCCACAGAGAGAAGGGAUGACCAUCCAGGCAGAGCGGCUGAACUAUUGCCGCUUCAUUGCACAUUUUCGUUCUGUUCAUAGAGGUGCUUCUUUUGCGAAAAUGCGCACAACAAGCGUUAGGAAGUUGCUCCCAGAAUCUUGGGGGUUCCUUUGCCCAGUUCACACACCGGAUGGGGAGCCUUGUGGUUUGCUGAACCAUAUGACUUCUACUUGCUGCGUUGCAUCUUUCUACAGCUCAGAUGGGAAAAUUAAAGAUUUUCUCAAAAUAAGAAUGUCUAUUUUGACUGUUCUGGUUGGAAUUGGAAUGACUCCACUAACGCCCAAGCUUGAGAGAGCUGGUCCUCCAGAAGUACUCCAUGUUUUACUAGAUGGAUGUGUUGUUGGUUCUAUUGCUUCUGGCAAAGUGGAGAAAGCUGUUGCUCAUCUCCGAAGUUUAAAACUUUUUGCCGUGUCCGGGAUACCUGAAGAUUUGGAAGUUGGUUAUGUACCUUUGAGCCUUGGUGGAGCCUAUCCCGGCUUGUACCUAUAUAGUAAUCCUGCUAGAUUCAUUCGACCUGUUAGAAAUCUUUCUCAUUCUUCUAAUGGAAGUCAAAGUAUAGAGCUAAUUGGACCAUUUGAACAGGCAUUUAUGGAAAUAAGAUGUCCAGAUGGUGGAGAUGGAGGAAGAAAAGAAUCAUUUCCUGCAACACACGAAGAGAUCCAUCCAACUUCCAUACUUAGUGUGGUUGCCAAUCUCACACCCUGGUCUGAUCACAAUCAAAGUCCUCGCAACAUGUACCAGUGCCAGAUGGCGAAACAGACUAUGGGUUUUUCAUCGCAAGCUUUAAAAUUUCGAGCAGAUGUCAAAUCAUAUCAUCUUCAGACCCCUCAAACACCAAUUGUGCGGACAAGAACAUAUAGCAAAUACUGCAUCGAUGAAUUCCCAACGGGAACAAAUGCAAUUGUUGCAGUGUUGGCCUACUCGGGUUAUGACAUGGAGGAUGCGAUGAUCCUGAAUAAGUCAUCUGUUGAACGCGGAAUGUGUCGUGGUCAUAUAUAUCAGACAGAAACUAUUGACUUGGCAAAGAAGCUUGACAGAGGAGAUAGAGUUUUGGAAAUAUUUGCAAGGAGUAAUGAUCGAAAGAUGAAAUCCUCAAUUGAUUCUGAUGGCCUUCCUUAUAUUGGAGAGACGAUACAUCCAAAUGAGCCAUGGUAUAGCACAUAUAAUACACUAACCAGUGUUACCAAGCCUACCACACUAAAGGGUUCAGAACCAGUAAUUAUCGACUAUGUUGCUGUUGAUGGUACAAGCUCGAAAAAUUACAUGCAAAAGGUGAAUAUCCGAACUCGCCGCACCAGAAACCCUAUAAUAGGUGACAAAUUUAGCAGCAGACAUGGGCAAAAGGGCGUCUGCUCUCAGUUGUGGCCGGAUAUUGAUAUGCCCUUUUCUGCAGUUACUGGGAUGAGACCAGAUCUUAUUAUCAAUCCUCAUGCAUUUCCUUCAAGAAUGACCAUAGGAAUGCUUUUAGAGUCCAUUGCAGCUAAGGGUGGCAGUCUGCAUGGGAAGUUUAUAGAUGCCACACCUUUUGCUACCUCAAAGGAUGCCAACCAAGAUAAUCCAUCUAAACCGUACUCUGUGGUUGACGAACUAGGCCCUUUGCUGGCCUCGCAUGGCUUUAACUAUCAUGGAGUGGAGGUUCUGUAUAGUGGAGUUUUUGGCACAGAGCUAACUUGUGAGAUUUUCAUUGGACCUGUUUAUUAUCAGCGUCUUCGACAUAUGGUCUCAGACAAAUUUCAGGUUCGCUCUACGGGAACUGUAGACCAGAUAACAAGGCAACCAAUAGGAGGAAGGAAACGGGGCGGAGGAAUACGUUUCGGGGAAAUGGAGCGUGACGCGAUGCUUGCUCAUGGGGCCGCUUAUCUAUUACAUGACCGGCUGCAUUCUUGCUCGGAUUACCAUAUUGCGGAUGUUUGCUCCAAUUGUGGAAGUGUACUUACAGCAACCACUAUUCAACCUCAAAAAAGGGCAGUUCGGGAAAUCCUCGGCCUUCCACCCGCGAGAGCUCCCAAGAGCUUCACUUGCCAUGCCUGUGAAACAAGCAAAGGGAUGGAAACAGUCGCGAUGCCUUAUGUUUUCAAGUACUUGGCGGCUGAGUUGGCAGCAAUGAACAUAAAAAUGGAGCUCAGAUUGAGUAAUAGCGCAAAAGCAACAGAAUGAUUCUGAUGCGAAGUUUUCCCAUAAUGCCGACAUUGCCUUGAAGAACGCUUGAGGAUAGCCAUCACCGAAACAACAGGUAACAAUUUUGUAACACUAGGAAAAUUCUCCUGUAUAACAAGUGUUAUUUAUCUUAAUUUUGCAAUCCAUAUAAGUUGGUCGUGCAUGUUGUGUUAAACUAUGAUAAUGCAGAAGGAAAUUAUUUUCCCCAACAUGUAUUUAAGAUGAGAAGUCUUAUUUAAGAUGUAAAAUUAUAUAUUUGUUUCCGAAAAGAAGUUUUGAGGACGUAAGAGGACUUAAGAGUUUA